UGAAAUAUGUAACUUACAGAAAUGAAUUCCGAGGAUCAUGAAGCAUUUCAAACCAAUGCCAAGGUUUUCUCCGGUGGUCUGAAUAAAAUACAAGUCAUCGAUUACUACAACACAUGGGAUGGAUAUGAACAGGAUCUACAGCCUGGUCGCUACAAUGGCCCAUCUUAUGCUGCAGAAGCCAUUCAGAGAAGUUUUCCAGACAACAGAGAUAAGAUUCGUAUCUUAGAUGUGGCAGCUGGUACUGGUUUGGUUGGAGAAGAGUUGGCCAAGCGAGAAUUCAAAGAAAUCCACGCUCUGGACCCAAGUGAAAGCAUGCUCAUGAAAGCCAAAAAGAAGAAUGUUUACAAAAAGUAUUUAUGCGAAUUUGUGAAUCCAGAACCAUCUCCAAACAUCGAAAACGAUGCAUACCACUGUGUUGUUUGUUCGGGCGGAUUUGGAAGCGGGCAUAUCCCCUCCGGUGCUCUAAAGGAAUUGAUACGAAUAACAAAACCAGGUGGAAUGGUGAUAAUUGUGAUGAGGGAAGAAUACUUGAAUAUUCCGGAAUAUGCCGAUAGCCUGGAACCCCUUAUGAAGCAGUACCAGAACGAAGGACUAUGGAUGUGUAUAGAAAGAUCUGUCGUCCACAAGUAUUUCUGUGAAAAGUACGGGGUUAUAUUCCGGUACAGAGUUCUACAUCGCCAUUUAUAAUCCAACACAGGCAUUUUUAAUAUUGUAAAUAUUGUAAUUUAUUAAGAGCUUUAAUAGUUCCAUAUCAUGAACAUUUUACUUUUUUUUUUUUUUGAAUAAGCAGGGUACAUUCCAUCUGUUUUUGCAAGUUUUAGUCACAUACUUGUACGUUUUCCAUUACAUGUAUAUCAUUCAUUCCUUUAUUUAGUACUAUGUACUAUAGGCACAUACAUGUAAUUAUAUUUACACAUUUUGCUGUUAUACAUGCACAGAGCCAGUCCAUGUCAUCCUUGUUCAAUAUUUAUGCUGUUCUGUGAUUUGAACAAUUAUUUAUUAUGUAUUGUUUUAUUUUAAUAAAAACUAUAUAUAUUGUUCAA